CGCACAGCACAACACAAGGCACUCUUUUUAGUGUGAAAACUGAAACCUCCAUGGAUUAUCCCCAAACAGGACAUCCUCAUGGCCAUCAUUACGAGGAAGACCCCCACAGCGUUGGGCUACAUUCUGCGACGGAAGGUGAGGAUCACCAUGAGAAGAAGUCGGUUCUGAAGAAGGUGAAGGACAAGGCCAAGAAGAUAAAGGACACCAUUACAAAGCAUGGCCAUGGCCAGCAUCACGAUGAACAUGGUCAGGAGUUUGAUGAAGAGGAUGAUGAGGAUGAAGAAAUGGCGGAAGAACCAGUAGUUCAGGGUGGACAGAAAUAUGAGUCAACUGUUAUUAAAAGCAGAACCAUCCCAAUGGAAGAAUUAUAUGCAGGGCAAAGUGGGCCAACUUUGGAAAGAACAACAGCCAUGAAAGAGGACCCUCUUGUUCCAAAAGACGCGACAACUACUCCAUUUCCAAGCCAGACUCCUGGGAAAGAGGACACUUCAAGGCAGUAUGGGGACAAUCUGGGAAGGCCAACGGCAAUGGAGGAUCACCCUUAUGCCCCGGAUAACACACUCCAAACCUUUUCUGUUGAGCCAUAUUCAACUACGAGGCUUGAUGAGCAUCCGAAAGAGGGUAACCCGGAGAAAUCUAGAGUCAAUUUAGGAGCAUCAAUGGGUUUAGAGGAGGAUCCUCACGCGCCGAAGGAUAGGCCAGAAGCAGUUGAUCCUCCCAACUAUCAGACCAAGGUCGCUGAUCCAACUGGUGAUGGUGGUGAAGAAGUGGGAAUCACUCCCAUUAUUAGUUCUUUUGAUAAAAUGAGUGUACAGGAUAAGCCAGAACAACCGUGUGCUACUAGGACAGGAAGCCAUGACCAGUUCUCUCCAGAGCCCCUUCCCGCCGAGACCAAAACCACAGAAGAUCCCCAGGAUACCAACAAUGCUGAGAAGCCAUCCAACGAGAAAACAUACACCGAAAAGAUCUCAACUGCAGCAAUAUCUGCAAAGAACACUGUAGCUUCAAAGCUUGGAUAUGGAGGGACCGACAAAGGAGAGGAAACGCAUGAAGGAGGCGACCAAACUGCUAAAAAAACUUCCUCCGUAACUGAAUAUGGUAAGAAAAUUGCAAACACAUUGACUGAAACGCUUUCGCCUGUGUAUGGGAAGGUGGCAGAAGCAGGAAGUGCAGUGAAGUCCAAGGUGCAAGGCACUGGUUCGGAAAGAGAAGGGCCUAAAGAGCAUGACAAGGGUUCUGAACCGGAGGGCUGCAGAGCACCAGAUAAAGGAGUCCCAAUGAAGGCCUAUUUGGCUGAGAAGUUGAAGCCCAGCGAUGAAGACAGGGCCCUUUCUGAGGUUAUUUCGGAUGCGUUGCAGAAGAGGAAGCAAGAGCCUGAGCAUGAGACCAAGUCUAAGCCAAUGGGGAAGGUGACAGAGUCGGAGGAGGUGGCGAGGAGGCUGAGCACCGAAAAUAAGCCUUCAGGGGAAGGCUCUGAUUCUGGAGACGUGAAAUUUGAUUCUUCAAGCAAUGUGAACUCUGGGUCUGGUGUGGUGGAUAAGCUUAGAGGGGCAGUUAAUUCAUGGCUUGGUAAAGGAGGAGACUCACAGACACGCCCACAGCCCAUUGCAGGCAAUGAAGGUUUUUCCACUUCUGGCAAUGGGGGAGAAAGGCAAGGAAAUGACGUUGCAAAGGAUAAAAGAACUUAGAUAAAAGAACUUAAGCUUCAUUGGAAAUGAAGCGACUGUGUUAGCGUCCAUGUUGUGUGCUCUGUUUUUUCAUGGUAAAUAAGUGAAUAGACACUAUUCAUGUGUAUAAGUAGACUCUUCAUGUGGAUGAGAUGUAAUAUGUAGUCUGUCAUGAAAAUCUGAGUUUUACGAGGAGAAGAUGUAAUGGGGACGAGUAAUUUGUGGGUUUGUCACUACAGUAUGUGUAAUUAUUAAUUAAGUCAAAAGGGAUGUUUAGUGUGCC